AAGCCCAAUCUAUCCCAAUUAUGACCCAAAUUUCCCUAUAUGAGUCCCAAUAUAGAACAUAAUUUCUGGUCGCCGUAAAUUCCUUCCUUUUUCUCAACAGCGUAAGCUUGAACAAUGCGACUACCAAUUUCCCAGAAACCACCCUAUUUUCCAUGACCAACUUCCCCCAAAACCUCUCACCAAAGCGGCUUCUCAAGCUUCUCAAGUCAGAAACAAACCCGUACUCUGCAUUGGCUCUCUUCGACUCAGCAACUGACCAUCCGGGUUACACCCACUCACCCGACGUUUUCCACCACAUCCUCCGUCGACUAAUCGACUCCCGUCUCGUUUCCCACGUCGCUAGGAUCGUUCAACUCAUUGAAAGCCAGAAAUGUAAUUGCCCAGAAGAUGUUGCUUUGACGGUAAUCAAAGCUUAUGCUAAAAACUCAAUGCCUGAUAAAGCAUUAGAUUCCUUCCAAAGAAUGAAACAGGUUUUCGGGUGUGAACCUGGUAUUCGGUCUUACAACACUUUGCUCAACGCUUUUGUUGAGUCGAAUCGUUGGGAUGAAGCUGAGUCGUUUUUUAAGUAUUUUGAAACGGUGAGUAUGGAGCCGAAUUUGCAAACCUAUAAUAUUUUGAUUAAGGUUGCUUGUAAAAAGAAGCAGUUUAAGCACGCGAAGGAGAUAUUGGAUUGUAUGUGGAAAACGGGUUUUCAACCAAAUGUGCAAAGCUAUGGGAGUUUGAUUAGUGGGUUUGUAAAAGGUGGGAACUUGGUUGUUGCUAUGGAAAUGUUCGACGAAAUGUUUGAGAGAAAAGUGAUCCCUGAUGUUAUGUGUUAUAAUAUAUUAAUUGAUGGGUUUUUCAAAAAUAGAGAUUUUGUGAAGGCAAAUGAGGUUUGGGAGAGAUUGUUGGAAGAUUCUUCGGCUUAUCCGAAUUCGGUUACUUAUAAUGUUAUGAUUAAUGGUUUGUGCAAAUGUGGAAAGUUUGAUGAGUGUUUGAGUAUAUGGGAAAGGAUGAAAAAGAAUGAAAGAGAGAAGGAUUUGUUUACUUAUAGUAGUAUGAUUCAUGGCUUAUGUGAGGCAGGGAAUAUUGAUGGUGCUGAGAGAGUUUAUAAAGACAUGGUUGAAAAUGGUGUAAUGAUUGAUGUGGUUACUUAUAAUGCAAUGCUUAAUGGGUACUGUAAAUCUAGGAAAAUUAAAGACAGUUUUGAGUUGUGGAAAUUGAUGAAGAAAGAGGGUUGUAUAAAUGUUGUUAGUUUUAAUAUAUUCAUUAGAGGGUUGUUGGAGAAUGGGAAGGUAGAUGAAGCUAUUUCUCUAUGGGGGAACUUGCCUCAAAGAGGUUGCUGUGCUGAUGCUUCAACUUAUGGAGUUUUGAUUCAUGGAUUGUGUAGAAAUGGAUACUUAAGAAAAGCUUUGGAUAUAUUGCAAGAGGGUGAACUUGGGGAAGGGAAAGUGGAUAGCUUUGGAUAUUCUUCAAUGAUUGAUGGGUUAGGCAAACAAGGGAGACUAGAUGAAGUAGCCGGUUUAAUUUGUCGAAUGGUCAAGUGUGGUCAUAAACUGAAUCCUUAUGUUUAUAAUCCCUUGAUUCAGGCUUUUAUCCAAGCAUCCAGACUUGAUGAUGCAGUUCGAUUUUUCAAGGGAGUGGACUCAAUGGGUUGUUCUCCUUCUGUUGUUUCAUAUAAUAUUCUCAUUUCGGGUUUAUGUAAAGCAGAUAGAUUUCGAGAGGCGUAUUCAAUCUUGAAGGAAAUGCUAGAGAAAGGGUGGAAACCAGACAUGAUUACUUACAGCUCAUUAAUGAAAGGUCUUUUCCGAGGAAAGAACGUUGAAAUGGCACUUGGGUUAUGGAACCAUGUGCUUGACAAAGCCUUAAAGCCUGAUGUAACUAUGCAUAAUAUCGUCAUUCAUGGUCUUUGCUCCGUUGGCAAAGUUGAGGAUGCUUUACAGCUCUAUUCAAAGAUGAGACAAAGGAACCGUGCUACUAACCUCGUAACCUAUAAUACUAUCAUGGAAGGGCUUUACAAAACUGGAGAAUACGAGAAGGCAUCGGAGAUCUGGACCCAAAUUUCAAGUGAUGGACUACAGCCAGAUAUUAUUUCUUAUAACAUUACUCUCAAGGGGCUUUGUUCUUGUGGUAAGAUAUUAGAUGCAAUUGGCUUUUUGGAUGAUGCUUUAGAGCGUGGAAUCCUCCCAACUAUCAUUACAUGGAACAUCCUAGUCAGGGCAGUGCUGACCACUGGCUUCAAGAUGGCUGUUUCGAUUUAGGAUUCACUUGCAGUUAAAUUCCCAUUUCUGGACUUUUGGCAGUUGAAACUAUGGUGCGCUCUUCACCAGAUCAAGAAUCCCAGGGACUAGUCUUUGAGUUGCAUACAUUAAAGAGAUCCUAAGUUCAUUUACAUGUUCCGGGACCAAGAAUUGCUAUCAUUGUCAUUCGUAAGACUUAUUGGACGUACAUGAGAGGAUGGCUUUUACAAUGAAAAUUCUCUUGAAGUGAUUGGAGAUAAACUGGGAAAACAAAGCAACUAAAAUAGCUCCAAGAACUGCAACUUUUCGCCAAUCCGAUCCAGUGACCAACGAGUCCGCAAUCCCAACAGCAAGCACCGUGAUUAAAGCAAGGUAAAGAUUCCUCCUUGCUUUAGACCCAACUUUUUCUUUAGUAACCUCCUUAACUUUCUCAGCUUCCUCCAUUGCUUUUGCUGUGUCUAUAGGCUUUUUCUCUGUCAAGUUCUUAAAGAACAAACCUUCAUUCCUUUCUUUCUCCAUUUGAUCUUCAAAUUCUGCUAAUUGAUCUUCAUUCAUCUCAAUCUCUUGCAUGUUCAAUUCUUGUGAUUCUUUAAAAGCUUGCAUUUGACUCUCAAUGUUCUCCAUUAUCUGCUUAACACAAACAAAAUGAGGUAAAAGUAUUAUAGAAGCCCCUGUACUAGAAUUCAGAUUACAUUUUGCCCCUUUUACUAAAAAAAUGGGCAAAUUAGUUUCUGUACAUUAAAUUAAAGAGCAAAAAGACCAGUUUUUAACAGUAAAAAAUGUAUAGAAUUUUUAACAGAAAGGCUAGUUUGCUUUUUGAUCUAACAUGUAGGGACUCAUUUACCCAUUUUUUUGAGUAGAGGGGGCAAAAUGCAAACUGAAUAGUACUUUUACCAUCAGAAUGAAUAACAACAUCACUCACAAGCAGAUUUACAUAUCAACCAGCUUUUUUAUAUAAACCCCUACCCUUUCACUAGCUUCUUCAAGUCCUUUAAGAGCAUCUUCACCAACUUUAUCAAACUCAGCAUUAGCUUCUUCAGCAAAUUGUGUGAGAUAAGCCGAUCUUUCGUCUAAAUAAUCCGUUAGACGAACCUUUUGAGCCUGCAACAUAGCUAUUUGAGCAAGCAGGUCUUGUUUUCGAGUGUCACCUUCCGGUUCGGGGUCAGAAUCCGACUCAGAAUCAUUCGAUUUGCUGAGACACAGUAUGGGGUUCUUUGUGUAUGUUGUAAUUCUU